AGAUGGGGAAUUUCUACUGCUUGAAGCUGUAGAGGUCCAGGCAGGCUAAAGCAAGAUAAGAACAAAAAGAAACAGAGUUAACAAUGGAGGACUGGCUGUCAAUGCCAAAGGUGGAACUUCACGCCCACCUCAACGGAUCCGUCAGAGACUCCACUUUACUAGAACUUGCUAGUGUUUUGGGUGAGAAGGGUGUCAUAGUUUUCUCAGAUGUGGAGCACGUUAUUCGGAAAAAUGACCGUUCUUUAACCGAAGUGUUCAGGUUGUUUGACUUGAUCCACAUUCUUACAACUGACCACAAAGUUAUCACAAGAAUUACGAAAGAAGUUAUUGAAGAUUUUGCUUCUGAGAAUGUUGUGUAUCUGGAGCUAAGAACAACUCCGAAGAAUAAUGCGUCGAUAGGAAUGAGCAAGCGCUCUUACUUGGGAGCAGUACUGGAGGGUAUAAAGGCAGUCACUGCAGUUGAUGUCGCUUUUAGGCCUCACAGUUCUGACGUUGGCAGUCAGAAGAAUUCUUCACUUAUAAACCAUACAUGUAGCGGAAGUACAAGAAAAAAGAUUUAUGUUAGGAUUCUUUUGAGCAUUGACCGCCGGGAAACCACAGAGGCUGCAAUGGAAACUGUGAAGCUUGCUCUGGAAAUGAGAGAUUUAGGGGUAGUUGGUAUUGACCUUUCUGGAAACCCGAUUGUGGGAGAAUGGGUUACAUUUUUUCCAGCCUUAAAAUUUGCUAGAGAGCAGGGUCUUUAUGUAACCCUUCAUUGUGGAGAGGUGCCUAAUCCAAAGGAGAUACGGGCGAUGCUAGAUUUUCAACCACAGAGGAUUGGCCAUGCCUGUUGCUUCGAGGAUGAGGAAUGGAAGACUUUGAAAUCUUUAAGUAUUCCGGUUGAGAUUUGUUUGACGUCCAACAUUAGGACUAAUACAAUUCCGUCACUUGACGUACAUCAUUUUGCUGAUCUGUAUAAUGCAAAACAUCCUUUAGUCAUCUGCACAGAUGAUUCUGGGGUGUUCUCUACUAGUCUUUCCAACGAGUACAACCUCGCUGCAGCUGCAUUUGGACUUGGAAAGAGGGAACUAUUUCAACUAGCAAGAAAUUCAAUCGACUUUGUAUUUGCUGAUGAUGGAGUGAAGAGAGAAUUGAAGGAAAUCGUCAAUUCCGCUGAAAAGAAGCUAGAUCUAUGAUUUACCAUUGCAGUUACAAGGCAUGUGUAACUGCACGUAGUAUAGUUGCUGGCAGUCCCUAGAACUACUCAUUUCCGCCAGCAAAAUUUGUUUCUCAACUGCAGCCGGGCACCAACUGAUGCGCCGGAAUUCAACAUUGCAGAUUUCUUAUCUAGUUAUUAGAAUGUCCUAGUGUAGUCAGAAGUAGCUGGUAGAUUUACAAUGGUUCAUCUUUGCUUUGAAUGAAUUUACAAUCUUGAUUGAAUAUAACGAAUUUCGUGACGGAACUUUCGUA